GCCGUCCUCUCGCGCGCCGAGCCGCGCUUUGUGGAGCGCCCGCUGCCGCGCCGCGGGCCGGAGGAAUGCGAGGAGCCGGUGGCCGAUCGCAGCGCUGUGCGCGAACAAUAGUGGAAUCGGGAGAAGUGCGGGGCUGUGUUGUUGUGUAGGUGCCAUCUUGAAAUGAGGUGAAGGCAGGAGGAGGAGGAGGUGGCGGCAGAGGAGGAGGAGGAGACGAAGGCGUGUGUGGACUGGGCGAUUGCUAUGCUGCGCGUGCUGGCGCGCCGUGUCGUGUCCUCGGACGUCCACCGACGAGCGUGCCGUUGCCAGGCUGGACCGAAACGGCCACCGCGCCGGCGGACAUGUGUGUUGUGAGUGGGAAACGCGCAGCGCCGUCCCUCGCUCGAUUUUGAAUCGCCGAUCGCCAUGGAACGCGAGGGCCGCAUGGUGGAGGCAGCAUCAGCCGAACAGGUCUCUCCAAGCGAGCCGCCCGCCCGACGUCCGGGAUCCAUGGACGAAAGCCUCGCAUUCCUGGGCCACUUGAGGCUUGACACCUCCCUUUCCACCUCCCGGCCCGAAUCGGAGGUGAAAGUGGGCUCGCUCGCGGUGGCAGGGCCUACGGAAACCAAUACGUAA